UCGCUCAAAGGCUGCUGGGAAAUUUUCAAUAUGGAGGUCGGCAUCAUGCGGCGCUAACAGAGAGGCUGAAGACUGAAGGCUGCUUCCAUUCAGACAUGGAGGACGUCAGCGCUGUGAUGUCCUGGUUUUCCAGCCCUGUGUACAGCCGCUACUGGCAGCAUUACCGACAGGCCAUGGCCUGGCAGCAGAGACACAGGCGGGCCUACAGUAAGGCCUUGGAGGCGGCUUAUGGCUCAGCCCCCCCACAUGAGGGAUAUCCCAGCAGCCAGCGACGCUAUGCCGACUGGCAGGCUGGGGGGAGCGGCAGCGACGACGCAGACGAUGGAGAGGAUGACAGCAGCUCGGAUAGCGACAUCGAAUGUGACGUCAGCAACAUGGAGAUAAGUGAGGAGCUCCGGCAGUACUUCGCCCACACCGAGAGACACAGAGAGGAGCUGAAGAGGCAGCAGCAGAUGGAAGCAGAGCAGCAGGAGGGCUACGUACUGGCCGAUCAGGACCUGCACGGCGUCUCCAACCGUAGCAGCGCCGCUCCCCCUUCUGACCGACCAGGCGAGAGGCGAGCCGCCGAGAUGAAGAAGCUCUAUGGGAAAGAUGCGGCAAAGAUCCUGGCCAUGGAGGCGGCCAUGCAGCUGACGUUCGACAGAAACUGUGACCGGAAGCAGCCCAAAUAUUGGCCUGUCAUCCCGCUGAAGCUGUGAACUCUGAUCUCCCCAAGAGUCAGCAUCUUUGUUCUGUAACGGAUGAUGACUGAGUUAGCUGGACAUGUAGAGCUGAAGGUUAGGAACCAUUCUAAGUGGAGGAAAGGCAGACAGGCUUCUGUUUCAGGGUCAGGGAAAGGUCAGGCUUACUGUACGUGAGCCCUGUCCCUGGUGCUGAUGUAAAUAUAUUCAAAGCACAGGGGUAUGUGUGUUUCCUCCUGAUCUGUCUCUGUUUCCCCUC